AUGACCAUUGAUACUGAUCCACAUUCUAUCUAUCAAAGGGAAACUGAAAGACAAAUAAAAAAAAAUAUAGAUCAUUUAUGUUCGUUGAAUCAUCCAGGUUGUAAGAUUACAUUCCCUAUAGAGCCUUCGAAUCCAUUGCCAACACCAGAUGAGAAUAUGCGUGUAUUUUUUUUUGAUAUAGAUAACUGUCUUUAUAAGUCGUCAAGUAAAAUUCAUGACUUGAUGCAAGUUUCUAUUGUGAAUUAUUUUAAGAAUACUUUGAAUUUAUCACAUGAAGACGCUCAUCAAUUAAACAAUACUUACUAUAAAGAAUAUGGUCUUGCUAUACGUGGAUUAGUAAUGUUUCAUGGAAUCAAUGCUUUAGAAUAUAAUAAACUGGUCGAUGACUCAUUACCGUUACAAGAUAUACUGAAACCCGAUUUUAAAUUGAGAGAAAUGCUUUUAAAUUUGAAGAAAAGUGGAUAUUUUGAUAAAUUGUGGUUAUUUACCAAUGCUUAUAAGAACCAUGGUGUCAGAGUAAUAAAAUUAUUGGGACUUGGUGAUAUCUUCGAUGGCAUGACAUAUUGUGAUUAUUCACAGACAGACACUUUAGUCUGCAAACCAAAUCCACAAGCAUUUGAAAGAGCCAUGACACAAUGUGGACUUGCAAAUUAUGAAAAUGCCUGGUUUAUUGAUGAUAGUGGUAGUAAUAUACAUCAAGGUUUAAAAUUAGGUAUGCAUCAAUGUGUUCAUGUGGUAGAAAAUGAAGUUAAUGAAAUCCUAGGGAAGACACCUGAUGGUUCAAUAGUUAUUAGAGAUAUAUUAGAUUUACCAACUGUGGCGCCUCAAUUAUUCUGUACUGAUCAUUAA